AUGCGUAUCUUUUGGCACAGUGGUAAAGAAGGGGAAUCUUUGUCCCUUCUCUAUCAAACAUUAUCAACACCGACACGACCACUCAACUUUCCAGCUGAAAUUGUCAAAAGGAUUGUUGACUAUUUGCCUAGAUCUAGCUUACCCGCUGCGGCUGGUGUUAGUCAUCUGUGGUAUACAGUCGUCAUGCCAGUCCUUUAUCGUCAUUUGUACAUUAGAACAUUUCCACAUUGGAUGCUACUUCAGAGAACAUUUGAAGAUACAGAAUUUGCCAAGCAAUUUGGACCUUGUGUCUCUUCUCUUGUGCUAAAACCUUCACCACGUCUGAUAUCGUCUCAACUCACAAGUGCACUGAACGUGCGGGCCAUUGAAAACAACGAUGAACUACAGCCAUCAACGCGAGGAUACGUUCGAUUAGAGCGAGUCAAUUAUGACUUGACUGGCUUGGAGCAUAUAGAGGCACCAUGGUCUGUAGAGAAUCAAGAAGAUAAUGAGAAUUAUCGAGGCAUAGACACAUCGUCCAAGGAAGCAGAGUGGCUAUUAUCUGUUACGGACGAUCAAGUCUGCAACGUACUGAAUUAUUGCUACAACCUAGAGUACUUGGAUCUUUCAGGCUGUGAACGCCUUGGUGAUAAAGCUUUGUUUCCAAUCUUUUAUCAGAAAAAGGCUUACAAGAACAAAAGACCUGCUCGAUUAAAGGGUCUAUGGCUGAAUCUUUUGAGAAAGUUAACUAUUGAAUCUUUAGCCAAUUUUGUCUACACUGACAUAUCCCUUGAGGGGCCUAAUCAGUUAAGACAUUUGGAUCUGGAGUUCGUGGUUGACUUGAAAGAUAUGCAUCUGGAUCUGAUCCUCUCUAACCUAGGGUCAUCCCUUACUCACCUAAGACUGAACUCGGCCUAUAGUUUGACAAAUGCAACGAUUGAAACCAUUGUAAAGCAUUGCCCAAAUCUAAAACUUCUUUAUCUAACGCGAUGCUGGAGGAUUGAUAACAGAGGUCUGGAACUACUCGUGCAUUGCACCAAACUACAAUAUCUAUCUGCGGCCUUUUUGAGUAGUACGAACGAAACUAGUCUAGGACAACUCGUAAAGAAUAACCGUGAGCUUGUAUGGAUUGAUAUCACAGGAUGUGGCAUCAAUUCUGUCUUCAAGGAGAUGAUUUUAGAGUCUUGGAAGAUGUAUAGAAUUGAGCAUCGACUGCCACCUUUAUUUAUCCAAGAUGGAAAGUUGAAUCUAAUUUAA